AUGGGGUCGACAAGCCACUCUGGUGUCAACUAUGGAGCCCAGGUGGGAAUUAAUUAUGGCACAUUCACGGCAGACUUUCAUCUGCCACCGGAGCGGCCAGAAACUCCGCCUAGCCCUUUGUCAACUGUGCCAUUCACGCGCGAUCCAGAUUUUGUCCGUCGCGAGACACUGCUUGAUCAGAUCUAUAGUAAAAACUCGGUCGCGGGGUCGAGGAUAGCGCUGAUUGGCCUCGGCGGUGUUGGAAAAUCGCAACUUGCGAUCGAAUACUCCUACCAAGUCCGAUCCAAAUCACCGGCAACAUGGGUUUUCUGGGUCCAUGCGAGUAAUGAAGCCCGAUUUGAGCAAAGUUUCCGGGACAUCGCGGACCAGGUUAAAAUCCCGGGUCGUCAAGAUGCUAAAGUUAACAUAUUCAAACUGGUCGAAAACUGGCUCCGGGAUGGAAAAAUAGGAAAUUGGGUUUGUGUCCUUGAUAAUGUUGAUGACGAUCAGCUUCUUUACUCGGGUCCGGUGGCAGGCAAGCGAGAUCCGAUGAGCGGCUCAACGAUCGCCUCGACGAAACCACUCUUAGAAUACGUUCCUAGGAGCCGGAAUGGCUCUAUCAUUAUCACGAGCCGGACUAGAGAGGUUGCGUUGAAGAUAGUCCAUCACAGUGACCUUAUUGAGGUUAAACCUAUGGAACAGUCCGAAGCGCUAGAGCUUCUCCAAAGAAAGCUUGAACAACCAGGACAGAGCGAAGAGAGUCGACAGCUAGUAAACGUGUUAGAGUCUAUACCGCUAGCGAUCGUACAGGCUGCUAGCUAUAUUCGAAAUCGGGCGCCUCGGUCUUCGCUUCUAAAAAAAGAGGCGGGUCACCUCUACCGGGACUGGGAAGCAAAGAACUCAAUUUUGGUAACGUGGCAAAUUUCAUUUGACUAUAUACGCCAAACAAAGCCGUCAGCAGCGCAGUUGCUUUCUCUUAUGAGCUUUUUCGAUCGGCAAGGAAUACCAGAGAACCUUAUCCGGCAUCAGCUAAAGGCCAACUAUAUAUCAAAUUCAGAACUUCUAAGUGACUCCAGUGAUAGGGAGACAUCUGAAUCUGAUUCAGGUCCCGAUUUUGAAGAUGACGUCGCAACACUUAGGGACUAUUCAUUUAUAUCUGUUAUUGAAAACAGCACUCUCUUUACGAUGCAUCGGCUGGUGCAACUGACUACGCGCGCGUGGUUGAAAUCCCAUGGACAGAUAGAUCAAUGGAAGGGUGAAUUCAUUAGCACCCUAUACGACGAAUUUCCCAUAGGUGAAUACGAAAAUUGGGAGAGGUGCAGGCCACUAUUUCCUCAUGUCAAAUCCGCAAUGUCACAACAGCCAGCAUCACCUGAGUGUUUACUAAAAUGGGCUAUGUUGCUUUAUAGAGGUGCAUGGUAUGCGUCGCAGAUUGGUAACAUCACGGAUGCGAGAGAAAUGGCAUUUCAAUCAAGAAAUCAUAGAAUGAUUUUAUUAGGUGAUGAACACAAAGAAACCAUUGAUAGCACAAGCAUACUGGCAACGGCAUACUCGCAGGAGGGCCGAUGGGAGGAGGCCGAGCAGCUCGAGGUGCAGGUGAUAGAGACUCGCAAGACGAAGCUCGGCGAGGACCAUCCCUCUACGCUGACCAGUAUGGCCAACCUGGCGUCGACGUACAGGAACCAGGGUCGGUGGGAGGAGGCCGAGCAGCUCCAGGUGCAGGUGAUAGAGACAAGCAAGACGAAGCUCGGCGAGGACCAUCCCUCCACGCUGACCAGUAUGGCCAACCUGGCGUCGACGUUUUGGAACCAGGGUCGGUGGGAGGAGGCCGAGCAGCUCCAGGUGCAGGUGAUGGAGACGAGCAAGACGAAGCUCGGCGAGGACCAUCCCAACACGCUGACCAGUAUGGCCAACCUAGCAUCGACGUUUUGGAACCAGGGCCGGUGGGAGGAGGCCGAGCAGCUCCAGGUGCAGGUGAUAGAGACAAGCAAGACGAAGCUCGGCGAGGACCAUCCCUCCACGCUGACCAGUAUGGCCAACCUAGCAUCGACAUUUUGGAACCAGGGCCGGUGGGAGGAGGCCGAGCAACUCCAGGUGCAGGUGAUGGAGACGAGCAAGACGAAGCUCGGCGAGGACCAUCCCGACACGUUGACUAAUAUGGCUAAUCUCGCUUUCACUUGGAAAUCUUCAGCUCAUGAUGCCGAAGCGAUCGACUUGCUACGAGACUGCUUAGCCAAGCAGAAGCAAACACUCGGCCUAAAUCAUCCGACAACUUUAUCUACUUCUGAAACUUUGUUGGAAUGGGAAACGAAAGCGAUACGGGAACCUCAAGGGGAAUGGGAAACCGAUAGGGAAUAG